AUGGAGUGGCACCAGACCGUCUUCACGUCCGAGGGGUCGAGCCACUCGCGGUUCGAGAACGUGCCCAAGUCGGACCCGUGCGCCGGGUGGGACUACCACGAUGUGCCCGCCAACGACCCGCCCAGCUGCCGCCGUGCGCGCCAGUUCCGUCAGAUGCAGCGCUUCCGCGAGGUCGAGGACCAGUUCAACAUGGACCAGAUCACGCGCGACGCCAUCGAUCACGUCGAGCGCUGUAUUCUCGGCGUCCUCGACUGCCCCGCCUACCCGCUCAUUAUCAGCGACUCGCCAUACAUGCAGAUGAAGUUCAACACUGGCGGCGAGACUAUUUGGCUGCUGCCCAUCAUGAAGGCGGCAGAAGAACUCAACUUUAGGUUCUGGACCUUCCAUGGCGGGAACCAUGCCGGUCUGGAAACGAGCUGGAACGCAACGCGUCUGCUCAACGAGUCACUUCACUCGUACUGGACCGAAGGCCUCUUCGCCAUGAACUGCCUCCAGUCACCGGGGUGCGUCCGGCCCGAGGAUGUCGUCCCAGCCAGCGACCCAAAGUUCCGGCACGACGUGAGCAUCAUCCCACCAGAGCGCCUCGGCGUGCUCCCCUCGUGGAAGGUCUUCACCGUCAACUUUUGGGGUUCGAAGAACGCGGAGUACGGCGGUCCCGGCCUCAACCCAGGGGCACAGUUUGGGAUCCCCCACGACUGGUCGUUCCACCCUCUUGGGAAGAAGUGGCAGUUUGUCCCGUAUCCCUACGACAAGCACACGUACCUCCCGAUCUCGAUCGAGCAGCGCUGCCUGCGCGCAAAGUACGUCCCGUUCGAGGAGAAGGACAAUUCGGCCAUCUUCCUCGCCAAGUUUGCCUCAUACUUCCAUGAAGACAGUAACAAGGCCAUGCACGACAAGUGGGGAGACCUUGCGGCCGCGCUCAAGGCCCACGGACCAGGCUACGACCUGAUCGCGCCGACGCAGAAGAAGGACGGCAUCGGCAGGGUGAUGGAGAUCCCUGACGCCUUUGACAUCAGGGGCACCAUGUCGUCGGUGCAGUACUCGCGCCUGCUCAGCCGCCAAAAGGCCAUUAUCGGUAUCGGCCAGCCCAUCAUCUCGCCGAGCCCAUACAUCGCCAUGUGCCUCGGCGUCCCUGCCGUCAUGCCAUACUUUACCGACAAGGGCCCGCAGCCCGACCACCACCCAGAUGCCAAGUGGGGCAGCCAGUACGUGCAGCACGGGCACGUGAGCGGCUUCCCCGAGCCCAUCCCCGCCGAGAUGACGCUGCAAGGCGUCCGCGCCAAGGUCCGCGAGGUGCUCCUCGAGACCGACUGGGAGGGCGAGUACCGCGCCGUCAUUGCCGCCAACGGCGGCGUCCACCCGCACUACCCCGACGUCCAGAUCAAGGCGUGCUGGGAGCCCUACAGCGUGUGCAAGGGCAUUCUGUGGCAGGAAGGGUGGGACAAGCCCAAGGAGGAGAAGAAGGACUAG